AUGCCAAAACAAGACGGUCAAACCGGUCAAGACCAAGAAGUUUCAAUUCAGAGGAGUUGUUCCUACUUUGGUUCCACUGUUGUCGCAAGGGGAUUACUGCGUGUACAAGAGAUUCCUCAGGUUCAAAUAAUGGUGGGAGAAUUCUGCCCGCGACUUGUAGACUAUAUUGUCCUUGUUGGAUCUCAUUCUACCAACCGUACUAGUUCAUCCAUCCAAACUCCAGUUAUUUUGAAUCGAUUUCCUCCGACGGACCACGAGGAUUUUGUUUUGCCUCCUGAUGUUGCCUUAUUUUGUCAACCUGAGGGUUGCUUCAACGUCGUUGGUUCCCGACCAGCGAGAGCAAAUUCAGACUCUUCUACGCCAGUGCGCAUGCCGAUCUCUUUCGUUUUCACAUUGACAGACAAAGAAUCCAACAAAGUUCGCUAUGGCGUGUGUCUUAAUUUUCUCAGACCGAUUCCUCGUCGUCCUGAGGGACGGAAACACAGUACUUCAAGCGUUCCGGCUGUUGGAGAGAUGCCUCGUCGGACGUCGGACGUGGAAUUUUCUCAGUUACCUCUCCCGAGAAAUUCAGAUCGUCGACAGGAGGAUACCGGGUUACAUGAAAAGAAGACACAGCGCGCCAGGAGUUCAGUUCGUUUACGGACGCACACCCUAACUUCUCUAUGCCUUAUCACCCAUCACCCGUUCUUCACUAAAUUCCGCGCGUUGGUUGAGUUCUUACACACACUUAUUCACAAAUUGCACGAACGAAGUCGUUCCAAACGGUCAGACAGGGAAACCGUUUGGGGAGUUUUGGCGGGAGGGAUCCCUUCGACGACUUCUUCGUUGGUCACUCGCAGUGUCCAAGAAAUAGAAAUCUGGAUGUUGCGUUUGUUAAGCGCGCCCGCUCCAGUCCCCGGGAAGACCUGUAUUCAUUUGGCUGUUCAACCAAAAGCUCUAAUGAAGCCGUUGAUAUUCGCACUUCCCGACAAAUCUCGACUCCCUUUGGUUGAUUUCCCGUUGCAUUUGCCAAUUCAACUCUUGGGAAUUUCGAGGACACUGCGAAUCCUCGUUUGUUUGCUACUUGAACAGAAGGUGGUGCUGCAAUCUUCAGACUACAACAAACUGUCCAUCUGCGUUCUGGCCCUCACUGCAUUGCUCUAUCCGUUGCAAUACAUGUUUCCGAUUAUCCCACUUCUUCCACCGUGUAUGCCAGAUGCGGAACAGCUUCUAAUCGCCCCAACGCCGUACAUAAUCGGUGUACCCACAUCGUUCUACACAGCCCGAAAAGUCUUUCGAAUGCCCAAAGAUGUUUGGGUGGCAAACUUGGACACACAACAGCUUUCCUACCCAGAAGUAAUGGAAGUACUCCCCGAUCUGCCGGAAACUGAGUGCCACAGUAUAGUUCGACACCUGAACGAUGCUAUUCAGACGCUUCCUUCGGUGAAAGACUCUCCUCCAUUAGAACUCAUUCUCUCUGAGGUGAAUCGUCUGAUGAAAACCAAUUCAGCGAAACGACGGGAUAGUUUCAAUCCACUGGCUUACAUCUCUGAAGAAUCUUCAGUUUCUGUGGCCACGCGUGUUGCAAUGGUACUUUUUCUGAAUUCGAGGAACAUUCUCGGUGGUCUUCCAGCUCAUACACGUACACUGCGCCUUUAUCCGCGACCAGUGGUUGCAUUCCAGUUUGACAGUUUCAUGAAAUCACGCCCUCAACCGUGUCUAUUUACCAGUAUGCUGGCAAAAACACAGGCCGUGGAAUAUUUUGCCGAAAGCUCUCUUUGCGCGAUGAACGAGGCCUACCAACGUAUUAUCGCGGGUGAGUAUGCUCCGGAGGUGAUUGGUGACAAAGCCGAGUGGUUCUCCAGCCUACUUUUACCGGUGCAUUUUGAUGUUUGGCCUGAUCUGGUUGGUGCUGGUGGUAGCGAUGUUAGAUCUUCACGAGCUAGUCUGUCUGCGGACUUCACAGGCAGCCCCCUACUUUAUGCCCUGGUCGCUGCGCGGUUGCACUUGGCAACAUCGGCGAGUGUUCAAGAUGAGACGGGUGAGGCUCACAUUUCAAAUCUCUUGGGACAGCUUCCCACUUCUAUAUCGUUGCCGGACGAAGUAUCUGACUAUCCAACUGAUGAGAGUGCAAGCGACACCGAAACAGAACACAGUACGGCUUCCGUUACGUCGACAAUAAGUGACUUGGCUUCGGACUGUUUUGAUAGUGGAAUCGGUGAAUUUCACCACAGAUGCCAGCAGAUCGACGCCGACCUAGACAGGACUCGAGAUACUACAGACCUGACCACACCUGGUCCAGAUCAAAGCUCGCUGCUCACGGAUCCUGUGACAGUGAGGCCAGGUGAACCGCUACCCGCAGCUCUCCGAGCGCAUUUCAAUCCUCCUUCACAACCAGUGCUUGGUUUAUCGGACAAUCCAGGCGCCUCGGACGAGGAGAUGAAUCUCAACGGUCAUGACAAAGUGUCAAGCAAUGAAAGUCCGGAGGCAGGGGACAAUGAAAAUAGUGUUUCCUCAACAGUAUCCGGUGAGGGUGAUAGAGGAUUAACCACCGGCAAGGACGGUUACUCACGGUCAGGGGAUAUGUCAACUACUCAGACCUUGCGUACCCUUACCAGGCUUUCAGUCUCAAUGUUCAGCGGUGGUUCAUCCAGUCCAGACUGCGAUCCCGACCAGAGGAAACGAAGUGUCAUAUCAGAUGGUCGUAUAAAUUGGGGCUCGCCAUUUUUUGUCUUAUUAGGAGAGCUGUUCAACAUGAGACCAAACAAUAAUUUCAUUCGGAUUCCAGAAUUCUGUACAACUUGUGAACAGACAAAAAAAUCGUUCAGCUGUAGCACCCUUUCCGUGCCUAGCUGCCAUGCCACCCAAAGGUUGCACGAGGGCUUGGAUACUGCCAGGUUGCCCAAGCCUAGACAGGGAAAGUCGAGAGGCAGAGGUUGGGUGCGAACCACGGACCUUCUGGUCAGCUUGGGCAACCUGACAGUAUCCCAGCCCUCGUGCUUCCUUCGGGUAGCAUGGCAGCUAGGCACGGAAAGGGUGUUACAGCUGAACGAUUUUUUAUAUGCAGACCCAUAUGAACUUUCAGCACAAGCGAUUACACCAAGCUACUUGGAGGCCACCAAACGAAUCGUGGGCUUAGUUGGAUCAUAUAGCCACUCCUCGGAGGCGGAAAGUUUGCAAAGAAACGGAGAGGUCUCCAAGGAAUACAAAAGACGGCUGGAAGAUGACCGUUAUAUACUUUCUGUUGCAAAAUCAAUAAGAGAUGGAAGUCUUCCCGGUUUCUUCUCUCGAAAUCGGGUCAUCUCUAUGAUGGAGUCUGAGAAUCAUAGGAAUUUGAUUCUUUCUCGACUGAACGAGCCGAAUAUGAGUGCGGCGUUGAACGAUGCGACUCAGCAGUAUAUUGACGAUGUACCUCUUGAAACCUGGAAUCAAUACAAAGCCCUCGUUUGGAUUUUGCAACAAAUUGCAUUUGGUUUAGAAAUGAGCUUGCGCUCGGACAUAUUCAUCCCGACUCCGUCCAAUGUCCACUUAGAAUCCAGCAUUCAACGAUCUUCCAGGUCGACCGUACCACCGGUGCAGCCAAACAAUGGUGGAUUAGCGUCUGCAUUCACUCUACUUGAGUUGGCACACACUCAUUUCUAUCCACUGCCCAUACGACAAGAUCGUGGCGCGCGCGGAUUCAUGACCCCCGGCCCCGAAUCGAACUCCACACUCUCGCGCAACUCCCUUUCGUCUGCAACCCUAUCUGCGAUCUCUGACCUUCGUUCCCCUCCGCCGUCCGAAAAUAACGAUACGCCAGGUGUCAAUUCACCUUCUCCAGAAAGUAUUCAAUCGGAUAUGAUAUCGGACAGCUCUGGGUCUCAUUUUGGCCUAUCAUCCGCCGGAAUUGAUCAUUACCAACGUUCUACGCCCGUUCUACUCGGAUUACCCCAACAAAGGGGUCCAGAUUCAAGCAAGCAUUCUCCCGCUUUGAAAUCGCCCAUGUUGCUUCUUCCCCACAUCGAAAAGCUAAGAAGUACAUCAUCCAGCAGUACUUCUCUGGGUCCCACAGAAUCGAUCAAGCGUCAGGAUACCAGCAUCUCUGAUGGUCUCAUUUUGACCCCGAAGAGUGUCCGCACACGUGGAUAUAGGUACAUCCGCUCCCGUUUGGUUCAACUGGAAACGUCUAAUAACCCGUCCAUCAACGCUUUGCCUAUUCAUCGUCAUUCGUUUGCUGAAUCGGAUAUGAAGGAUUUGAUACAUCAAUCCAACUUGCAAGCUCAGCGGACAAGAAAACCUCGGACGGGGCGCACCUACGUAUUCGAGGAUCUGGUGAAUGAGAGUGGUCGACGAAACAAGUUGUGGGACGAUAUGCAGUUUUGGGAAGAUGCCUUUCUAGAUGCCGUGGCCCAGGAGCGUGAUAUCUUGGGUAUGGACUUUCGUCCUACAGAACUGUUGACCAGAUACAACCUGGCUAACCCGUUGAAAAAGAAACAUUUGGAGCUUGCGGAGGAUCGGCUUCUAGCUGGUUUGAUGCACAACCUCAUCUCGUUCAUGGUAAUGCUCGAAGUCAGUCUCCCCGAUAUUAGAAAGAAAGUCCGCCGUCUGCUUGCGAAAAGCCAUAUGGGCUUGCACUACUCACAAGAAAUCAGUCACCUGCUCGAUGUUUUGGAGUACCUUGCCGGGAACGAUAUUGAUUUGAAAACAAUUCAAAGCAGAACAAUCCCUCUGCGUUCCUACGAAGUCCGUUGGGGUACAGAUGACGACGGUGAGCUGGUGUUUAUAGAGGUGUGUGACGAUUGCCUGCUACUGCGAAGCCUCUCUGGUGCCAUAUUGGAUCGAUGGUGGUACGAUCAGUUGAUCAAUAUAACCCAUCGUCCACACACUCACAUCCUCGGUAUCUCGAUUCGCACGAACGGACAGUCGCACUUGAAUCUGUUCUACUCAAAGCGGUGUCAACAACUGUACCAUGAGAUUCGACGAGCAGUGGAGCUGGCUUCACUUCAGACUCAUCGUGGACCACUCGUUACCGAUUUAGGUGGUGAGCUAAACGUGGUAUGCAUGGAAAGUCAGCGUCCAGGAACCAUCAAACUAUUUCCUGAUGGUUUCUUCCUCAAAUUUGGCAACCAGAAAAAAUUUAUCAGUAUCCCAAACAUCAAACGCUGCAGCGCACCCCAACCUGACCUAUUUGUACUGGAUUAUUUUGAUCGAAAGAAGCAAUGUCUGUUUUCCAACAAAUUUCAAACAGAUAUGGCGCCGCACCUGCUCUAUUACUUUCACAUUAUGAUAACCAAUGUGUCCGCUUCAAUGCCGCCUACACCACGAGGAAUGCGCUCGCGGAAUCUAUCGUCUUUGACCCUCACACCGUCAGACAGUCUUUUCAAAGCCCCGCUUAUUUCAUCCACCCGUCGCUACUAACAUCCGGCCGGACACGUGUGCCCUUCCCCCCUCCAUGUAAAACCUCUCCUCACUCAUGGUCUUUUUCAUGCAUCCUGGCAUCUGUGAUACGAAGCAGUGUUUAUCAGCUUUUUUCCUCUGGACAAAAAGAACUUGGUAGGUUAUCUGCUCCUUCUGCACAUUGUGGAUUUAUUCCGUUCUUUGGCGGACAAAUGAUGUGUUUAUGCGAGGGAGGAUGAAUCGAACUUUGUUACUCCUAUCGGUGAUUGAAAAUCAGCUGCGAAGUUUAUAUUUAUUCAUCUCAGAUUCUCCCAUUUCCCCUGAAUCUCCGUGCCCCCGCAAAUGUACUAAUAUUCAGACAUAGUUCUGUUUGUUGUCAGUCAUUGCAUUGGUCCGUUCUUUGGUUGAAACAUUUCCUGUGAUCUUUUUUUUGUAAAUCGUGCGGUAUUUAACAUCUGUUCUCCUUGCUUCAGGUCCAAUUCAAAUUGUCACGCACGCACACACCCUUCCUGUCACGAACAUGUUGCAUUCCGAAUGUACUUUGGCCCGACUCUACACCAUGUUAAUGCAUGUAAUUGAGUGACUGGUGAGUGGUCCCGUUAGCUCUUUUCUUAACUCGUCAACAUUCCGUGGUUCUCUGCUUCCAUGACAUUCAAGGAAAUCAGAGUCGUUUUUUUCACCACAAGAAUUCUUUGUUGCAUUCGAGAAUGGAUCAUGUACCUGUUUUUUUUCUCUUUUUCUGGAUUGGCUGUAUUCUGCAUUAUUUCUACUUUAUUGGCUCACAUGACUUUGCCCAACUCGGUUUGGUUUUGAGGAUGCAUAGUUGUUCGAACCAGUGUCUUUUGGAUUUUGCGGUUGAGUUAUUUCUCAAUGACAGUCACUCCUACACUGUCUUUGUAUUAGACAAUGUAUAUGGGUAUUGAAC